ACAGCGGUGCCGAAUAAAGUACAGCAAACCGAAACUGAAAGAUUCUUUCUUUGUUUUAAACUGAAAACUGAAGCUGUGGGAAACCAGAGAUGGAAACACCAAAGCCGAAGGAGUCAGAGCCAGCUUUAAUGAAGCUAAAGCCAAUAGAAGCAACCCAAGAAAGCUUCAAAGAGUACGGACAAGUCAUUGAAGCAUCCCCAGAUGGAGAUGAGUUUGGCCCAAAGGAUGCUCAGUUAGACCUUUCCAAAGGAAUUCCCAGGUUUUACAUCAUGCACCUUCAGGACCGACCACUGGAGUUUUCGAAAAUUACACAUCAUGCGAGUGUAACCCAAUGCCUUGGAUCUAUUGGAGGUCAUGUUUGGUAUCUUGGAAUUGCUAAGCCAUCCAUAAUGGACUCGGAAGAAAUUAGGAGUGACAAUGGGAAGAUACUGAUACAGUCACAUUGUGGUCAUCGCUAUGUCCCUCCAGCUGUUGAUGAUGUCUGUGUUUUCAGAAUUUCAGGUCCUAAGUUUCUCAAACUUAAUCAUGGAACAUGGCAUGCUGGGCCUUUGUUUAAGGCAGACAUUAUGGACUUCUACAACUUAGAGCUAAGCGAUACCAAUGUGGUGGAUCAUACAACACACGACUUCAUCAAGGAAAAUGGAGUCCUCUUUUCAAUUGAUGAGUAAUUGAGUUGCCAUAUACCUUCAUCAGAAGCUGGUUUAGAUAAUUCUCAGUGUCAAAAAGAAAAGGAAUGCAGGAGAUAUCAUUUCUGGAAAGUGUGAAAACUUUCCAUACCUGGCAGCAAAUAUUCUGGUUUUGCAUUCCCAUUUUUCUACUAUGCUAUUACAUUGUGAUCAUGUGUACUCUUCACACAAUUUACUAUUUUCAUCUUUGACAAAAUUGCACAUAAGAGAGUAUACUAAAUAAACAAUGUUGUUUCUAUCACAGUUUCAGUUGGUUUAAUCAAAAAUUUUGACAUUUCAGAGUUAA